AUGGCCGAUGAUUUUGAUGCCGAGUUGCUCGCGCUGGCGGGUGACGACUCGGACGAGGAGACUUCGCCCCAAGUGAAGCAGAGCGCAGCGUCGCCUGCACCAUCACAAUCUCGUUCUCCGGAACCAACGAAUCGCAAAGGGACCGCCAAGUCCGCACGAAGAGGCCGAAAGUCUCGGAGGGAUGAGGAGGAUGGAGAGGUGUCUGAUGCAGAAUCCGCCAGCAUGUCAGAAUCAGAUUCUGAGGCUGAGUCGUCGCCGGAUGUCGAUGGCGACGGCCCGAUUUUCCCGUAUGACAAGUUAUACUAUUCUGCAAAGGAUAAGCAGGAGAUUAUGGCCAUGCCGGAAAUUCAACGAGAAGAGAUCCUCUCCGAACGUGCUCAGCAAGUCGAUCGUCACAACCAGGAUAUUGCGCUGCGUCGUCUUUUAGCAUCCCGGGAACGUGAAGAGGCUCGACAGGCGAAGAAGAACAAACGGAAGGCUAGCUCAGCGGGAAUAGACGAUGUCCAGCGCAAGAGCUCUAGACAAAAGACCACGCUUGGAGGUCGCAAGGUUGGAGAAGCUUCUGGUGCUAUCGAGGCCUACAAGCGACAGAGAGAGCAAAAGGGCAAACGCGAUGAACUCCGGCGCCGCGAUCCUGGCAAAGACGUCGGCCGAACCAAGGAUGAGAGUGCUAGUGAAGACGAUGCUGAGGGAGAGAGCGAGGCCGAGUGGGACGACCGGGAUCGCUCGCCUUCGCCACCGAAAGAUGACCCCCCUGCCGAGUUACGCGACAUUCAACGUGCCCGUGUUGGGCGAAGCAACUUUGCACAAGUUUGCUUCUACCCUGGAUUCGACAAUUCCAUUUCUGGUUGCUACGUGCGAGUCAAUGUUGGGCCAAACAGGGAUACUGGCAUCAAUGAGUAUCGUCUUUGCUUGAUUAAGAAAUUCUCUGAAGGAAAGCCAUAUGCUAUGGAAGGUUCUAAUGGGCGGCCUUUUGUCACGAACCAAUAUGCAGUUCUUGCUCAUGGCAAGUCCGAACGCGAGUUCCCAUUCGUUGCCUGUUCCGACUCUCCUAUCACCGAUCAUGAAUUUAACCGGUACCGCCAAACCAUGGCAGUCGAAGACUGCAAAAUGGCCACAAAGUCCAUGCUAGCAGAUAAAGUGGCUGACAUCAACCGUCUGCUAAACCACAAAUUUACCAACGAAGAGCUGAAUGAGAAGCUCCGAAAACAAGGAUCGUUGGAUUCAAAAACAUUUGUCUUCAAGCGUAUGGAGACUGAGAAACAACUUGCAUUUGCUAGGGCUUCUGGUGAUGAUUCCGAAGUCGACAAGUUGCAAGCCCAACUGGCCGAAUUAACUGGACCUAAAUUGGCAUUCGGCUCAUCACUCAACAAACCGCAGCCUAAGAAGCAGUCUGAGCACGAGCGCCUCGCUGAGCUCAACCUACGGAACCAACGACUCAAUUACGAGAAUGUCCGCCGUGCUCAAUUGGAAGAGCGGAAAGCCACCAAGAAAGCUGCCGCUGCCAUUGCCCGUGGAGAAGCUGCGCAGGAUCCGUUCAUGCGUGUGAGGACUUUGGCCAAGACACACCACGAUGCAAAUGGUACUAGCAGUGUACCACCGCCCAAGCCAGACGCCCCUGUUGACAGUCGCGAUGCUACACCGACAACCGGCCCCGACACCCCUGGCAAAGCCACACCGAAACGGAGUGAUACGCCUACCCAGAAAAAACCUGUCAAGGGAGGCAUUGCAGGUAUUCGUCACCGGAACAUGGAUGACGAGAACAUUGCGGCUCUGGACCUUGAUUUGGACGUCGAAAUAUAG